UUCACGUUCUCCGGAACACCUAGUUUGGGCUAACACAAGGAAGGACACACACAGUCACCGAGCUCCAUCCAUGGCCGAAUUCGCAAGGGACUUGCAAUGCUUUCAACCCUUCUCUUCUUUGCUCAACAUCGACACAAUCGAACCCACGAGCCACUUCACCGAACCAAACCCGAGUGCCGUCCAUUCACAUCCCUCCUCCAACUUUCAUGGCCCUGCAAUUCUCUCGAGUGACAACCCAUUGCUUUCCCACCAGCUGGUCCCUGAUUUCCCCAGCAACUGGGCCGACAUUUUCCUGGGCAUUUUCCAUCCUAACGAGCAUAAUCUUGCGCCGCUCAGCUCUGGAGACGAUUCGAAUGAAGAAAGAAAGCGAAAGGUGUCCAGUAUACCUCCUGAAAGCAGCUCAGGAAUUGUUUCAUCACCACUUCAAAAGUCAGAUACAGAGAGUUUAGGAAAGGCAAAGAGAAGGAAACGUGGUGAGAAAGUAGAAGAGAAGCCUAGGGAUGUGGUUCAUGUUAGAGCUAGAAGAGGCCAAGCCACUGAUAGCCACAGUUUAGCAGAAAGGGUGAGAAGAGGGAAAAUCAAAGAGAGGCUGAGAUAUCUGCAGGAUCUUGUUCCUGGGUGCUAUCAGACCAUGGGAAUGGCUGUGAUGUUGGAUGAGAUCAUUAAAUAUGUCAAGUCAUUGCAGAGUCAAGUUGAGUUUCUCUCCAUGAAACUUGAAGCAGCAAGCUCAUAUUAUGACUUCAGUUCAGAGGCAGACGCAAUAGAAACACUGCAGGUGAGGGGGCAGGUGUAUGGGAAUAGAGAGUUGGAGAGUCUGAUGAGAAUAGGACAUGCCAACUUCCAUCCAAGUUCGCACCCUUGAUUUCUCACCUCCUUUGAUGUUACCCAAAAGCAGCACGAAGAUGCUCCAUACAUAUUCCUAUGGAGUUUUCCUUUCUAGAGCAAGUCUUGUCAUACCCAAUUGUCUCCUUAAAGAGAAAAGUGUAUACUUGUAAUAUUCCUCAUAGUAAAAAUGAGGGGCUACGGUAGUUUUUCCUAGAUUCGUAUCUGAAAAAAGUUGACAGUCAGCUCUUCCAAAAUUAUUAUCGAUUGCCUAGGGCUUGUGGAGAUCCCGUACGACUUUUGAUUGUGAUCAGCUCCUGUAUUACUUGUAUAUCGUGCUUCAAGACGAGGGUUAAGUCCCGUAAUUUGUGAAACGAGUGCAACAUGGAGUACUUAAUAUAAUGAUAAUUCGAUGUUCUAAUAUUAUAA